AUGCCGACCAUCGAGACCUCCUGGGGGACCAUCCCUGCUCCUGACCCAACUGUCCCAUUGUCGCGAUCUGAUGAUUUCCUCCAUUCGCUCAUGUCCGACAACUUUGACCCUCAAUCAGGAGCUCACCUGCUCGAAGACGACGUCAUGCGGCUCAUAUGGCCAUCGUGUUCGGAUCAUACGCUCAAGGCGUUUGCUGGCGCAUACCGUGGAUCCCUGCCAUUCGUCAUCAAGGAAUUUCAAAAUCGCAGGUCACGGAUGGUUUGGUCCACUGAGUAUGACGAGAGUGGGAAAGAGAUCCUCAUCGAGCGCCCGCGUGGCAGUAACAUGGAGGAGAGCGAGAUUGCAACAGGCACACUCGGCGGCUUUUGGUCAUAUCUCAAGGCAGGCAGGCUUGAGUUAUAUGAAUCCUACAUGAAGGGGAAGGAGGUACUGACAGACAAUGAGAACAUGAUGGAGAACGUGCCGGCGCCAGGGGACAGCAUGGAGGCUUGCCGGCACUACACCUACGUGCUGGAUCUUUACCCGUCACCAGACCCACCCACGCAUUCAGGCACUUUAUGGGUGAAUCAAGGUCGCCCCUCGCCAUCCUCCAGCAAACUCGCCAACCCCAAGAUCUCGGCUCCAGAUCUCGCGGCGGUACACUUGAUCGCCAUACAACACCCCGAUGCCGCAAAAACCACCGAAGGUUCCUCGGCCGCACUGCCCACCGCAAACAUACUACGCGAGAUCGUGAAGAGCAUGAAGUACGAGCUCCCGUGCGUGACCGCAGCAUCCACCCAAAGGGCGCUCAGUGCGGCUUGGAUGACGCUUGAUGCACUGAAGACCCCAUAUCAUGUCAGUGACCUUUCCGAGUCCGACAACAUCAUCUUCCCGAACUGCAACACAGGAAUCGCUCAGGAGCAGCAAGGAGCACCGCUGCCCAACAUGGUGCAGCCGGACAGCAGGAGGCCGCGCAAUGGAAAAGGUGGUCUUCGCCAUCUCGUGACAGAGUUCGACUGCGACGGGCAGGAAGACUUUGCCUACGCCGAGAGACCAGACAUCUCGCCCCGAGAACACCUCGAUCUCCUCGCGGAGCACAUUGCGGAGCUCGCAGAUCGAGCCUUUGCGAGCAAAGUCCACUACACCGUCGUAGGAAGUGAAAGCCUCCGCCGCAGCGCGUUUGGCAUCAAGGCGGGACAAGACCCUAUGGAUGAGCUCCAGACAGAGGUGAUGCGAUUGCUAGAGGGUCGCGAGUCCUCUGUCGACUUCAAGACGACCGAGGAGGCGCGCAAGCUCAAUCUCCUCGUUGGGUGCUGGCAUCGCCAUCCAGACGCAAAAGAGAUUCUGCGCGAGAAUGUCUUUACCACCCGUGUCUUUCCCCCUGGGUAA